CACUGGGAGUGGCACUGGCUUUAUAUUCCAUUGCUCUAGCAACCCUGACAUCAAGCCUUACAGUCAAAUUGACACCAUCACUCCUGAGGAGAAGGUGUGUUUCUACAGAAGAUUAAAACCAAACCAUUUCUCACUUUUUCUGCAUGACCCAGGCAUUGACAACAUCACGAUGGGCUCGCUUUGUGCAGCCAAUGCCAAGUUCUGUCUGGACUUUUUCAAAGAGCUGAGCAAAAUAAAAAGAAAUGAAAACAUCUUUUUCUCACCACUGAGUCUCUCAGCUGCCUUUGGAAUGGUUCUCCUUGGUGCCAGGGGCAACACACUCAAACAGAUAGAGAAGGUAUUUCAUUUUGGUGAAGUUUUGAGUGAUACAACCCAGAGAACCAGAUAUCCUUCUGAGAAGGUACAGCUCUGCACCAGGAAGUGCAAACCUACUAAGAAACUUACAUUUUCCUGUUUGAAGUGUGAAGAAGCUGGAGGAGUCCAUUCCCAGUUCCAGGCACUGCUAGCAGCAGUCGGUGAACCCAGCCCAGGCUGCUUUCUCACCACUGCCAACAGGCUCUUUGGAGAAAUCACUUACCCGUUCUUCCAGCAAUAUUUGGAUUCCACAAAGAAGUUCUAUAGAGCAGAGCUGGAAGCAGUUGAUUUUAAAUAUACUAAGGAAGAAGCCAGAGAGAAAAUCAACUUCUGGGUGGAAAAUGAGACAAAAGGUAAAAUCAAAGACCUAUUUGCUGCUGGUUCUAUUGAUCCCUCCACUGUACUUGUGCUGGUCAAUGCCAUAUAUUUUAAAGGAAAGUGGGCAGUAGAAUUUAAGAAGGAAGAUACCAAGGAAACAUAUUUCAGACUGAACAAGAAUGAGAGAAAGACAGUGCAGAUGAUGUUUCGGGAAGGUUAUUUUAAGCUGGCCAUCGUAGAGGAACCAAAAAUUAAAGUGAUAGAGCUCCCUUACUUGAAUAAUGAACUAAGCAUGCUUAUUCUUCUUCCUGAAGUUGUGCAUGAAGACUUUACUGGCCUAGAACAGCUUGAAAACACCCUCACAUAUGAAAAACUAGCAGAAUGGACCAGCUUGGAUAAGAUGCAACAGCUGACAGUGAAGGUAUACCUGCCCCAGUUCAAGAUGGACGAGAGUUACGUUCUCAACAAAACUCUCCAGAAGAUGGGAGUGAUGAAUGUUUUUGACUGGGGAAAAGCAGAUUUAUCAGGAAUCUCUAUGAAAGAUGGCCUGGUUAUGUCCAAGGCCAUUCAUAAGUCAUCUGUGGAAGUGAAUGAAGAGGGCACUGAAGCGGUUGCUGCCACACAGAUACUCCUCCCCUUAAAUGAAAGUUAUUUUGGAAAUUAGAUCUUUCUCCCCACUGACGUUCCCAUUGGCAAUUACUGAGGACAAAAGAGGACCCAUGCUCACAGAUUUUGUAAGGGAAACAUUGGAGGUCAAAACCUAAGAAGUUUUAACUGAUAGAUUCUUAAUAUCAACUCCAGGUAUGAUUUACUUUUAGGAGGGACUUAAUAAAUCAGAAGGACAAGCUAAAAUAGCCUCUACCUUAAAAAGCAAUCGACAUAUCUUUUCUAUUGUUGAGCUUUCCCCUUCCCUAAUGUAGUAUUCCUACAAUAAAGCCAUGAUUUUAGUGCCCUAAAGACAGGUGAUAGAUUCUCAAGCAUGAAGCAGACAAGAGGAUAGGGAUCUGCAUUAGAAGGAUAUCUGUAUGUAAUUAGGUACUCAAUCUCUUUUGGCUUUACCUACAUGACCUUUGUGUAGAUCUAAAGAAAAAUGCCAUUUUGUAUGGGAGUAGCAAAGUAGCACAAGUUUCUUGUUCUGUUUUAUCCCUCGUUAGAAUAAAAUAAAACUUUUAUGGUGAUGGUAUUUAGGUGGAUAGCCUGUAUUUGUUCUAUUUUUAAUAAUAAAGCCACUGCAAAGUAAUUAUUAAAUGUAGUAGUCUGCAGAACUAAGUGGACAGGUGUAUGUCCUAUUAAAGCAAGUAAAAAUAAUGGCAAUCAUUUCUAAAGUGUCUAAGUAACACUGUAGUCUACCUCCCAUUUUUAAAUAUUCAUUGUUCUGAGUAUGGGCACAGGACAACUCAACAUUAGGACAAGUAAAACCUGAGCCUCACCUCCUAUUUCUCUCUUGUAUUUGAUUUUAUGAAGGAAUUAAGAGUGCAGUUUUAGGACAUGGAUGAGCCAGUCUAAGGCAAUUAAAGGGAUAAUGAUGCUCCCAUUGUCUCCUUCCUUCCAUGUGUUUCUGUUCCUUCCCCUAUGCUGUCAUUAUUACUGGGUGAUGAGCAAUUCACUGGGACCUAAAUCAAGCGGAAAAUUUUUGCUGAAGUAAGCUUGUUGAUGAUGUAGUCCUCUAAACCACCCCUCAGAUGUUGUGGAGUAUGUGGUGGGAAGGCAUAGCUGAGGGAUUGUGGAGAAAAAAGCAGCCCAUCCAAUUUGGCAUCACAUAAUAUCCAGAAUCCACAGACCCAUAAAGAAUAUAUAUUUUUUAAGAAAAAAAUUUUCAACCCUCUGAUGACUCGCCCUGCUUUUCCUCUUACUCUUUUUUUGGGAAGAAAGUAACUACUGGGAACAUACUAGUGUUAUUUCAGAACUGCAGAUUGAAAAGCUUUCCCAAAUGCUGAGAUAUGCAUGAAAAACUGUAAAUUACAGAACCAUGCACUUUUAAAAUUGCUAAAUAAAGCAGGCUCAUGAGGUGUCUUGCAAUUUCAAUAUGAAAUACCAUCUGUUACAGUAAAGUUACUGGCAGAGACAGAAUUUUCAUAUUAAUUAGCUAGUAAAAGAUGAGAAUGCCAAAUACAAGCUGUGGAUUCUUCUGAUGAAGAGAGUAUGUGAAAAAUAGCCAUGUGUGUUUUUCAGCAACUACCGUAGGUAUUUAAUAUAUAUCUGGUUUGACUCAAACAUGUAUUACUUAUGCUAAAAAAAAAAAAAAGUGAAAAAGUGCCAGCCUAUAUAUACUAGUUUGUAUAACCAGAGCUAUUUUAUUUCAGAUAAAACUUCAAAGAAAACAAAAUUUAUGGCAUGUACGAUGAGGGCAAGUGCUGUAAAAUAUUAUUUUGAAGAACAUGAGUCUCACAACAGGAAAAGGAAUUCUGUCUGUGCACAAAAGAGAAGUAUGACUGAAACAAUGGUUGCCACUCUACUACAGCAGAAGUAAUCACUUAUGAUCUUUGCAUUUUUUAAACCUUCUCCAGGUGUAUCUAGAUAAUCUUAAAACCAGGAACAAAACACAAUAUAAAGAAAAAUUAUAUUUUUCUCUUCACAUAAUCUUUUUUUUUUUUUUUCUAGUUGCCUUCUUAAUUUAAGAAGAAUAACAAAGCAUUGAAACAAUGUGAAACUGUUUUACUCUUGGCUUUAUUACAUCAAAAUGAGCUGUUUCUAGAGCCAGCCAGCUAUGAAGGGGCAUAACGGACUGGUAGAUGUGCUUGGCCUCCUCUUGCCUCAUGUUCCUGUGCAAACACAAUACACAUUGACAUACCAGCUACUAUGAGCUCUGAAGGGCAGCUUAGACAUUAAUUUUACCCUAGGCCAGACACACUGACUAUCUGAGAGGUUUAGUACAAGGGGCUGGUUGACUUCAAAGUUCUAGCACCAAUACCAGCUGCCUCUGACCGUGUGUGCGCAACAGAGAGCUGAUCAUCUUCAUCACAACAAAUACCAUGACAGAGUAAAAAGCAUCUGAAAUCCUGUAUAUGGGGCUGUUCUGGCCACAUCUUGGUUCAUUAAAGGCCACCGAGAGAUGCCAGAAUAGCCUCUGCUAAGUGUGACACAGAUGACCAAGAUAUGGCACGAACAAUUCCAAAGCAUAAGCAAACAUUACUCUCAAGUCCAUCACAGUAUCUGCUGAGCAACCACAGGAAAUGAAAUGUGAAAAUCUGAAUGGUUGGAAAGGGCUGCUUUUACUGCUGCUUAAUAUCUCCUUGAUUAAGCCAACAUUGGAAAAGAAAGGCAAACCCCAUGAAAUGGUUUAGGAGCAGCUCCACAAUGGACUGCCUGACAGUGGAAAGGGCAUCAGAGUCCUUGCUGACGUCUUUCCUGGGACAAAAACAGAUCUGGAACGGAGUUUAACAUGUUUGUCUUACUUACACUCAUAGCUUUUCCAUUUCAGGAGGCACCUCUGACUUCCCCUGGCCCAAUGCCCUGUUUAAAGUUACAAAAAAGCACUUGUCCACUGGUGACUGCACAUGGAUAGCCCAUUCUGGUCAAAAUUUUUGGCUACUCACAGGCUGCUUCUACAACCAGUUUUGCACUAACAUUCAGUGUAGAAAAAAUGCAAAACAAAUCCAAGCCUGCAUAAUGGCAGACUAAGGUAUUCUGUCCCGCCUGUGACCACUUGUAGAACCAAACUUCAUCUUCGUCAUCCUCUCAUUUACUUUGGGUGUUUUAAGCUAUCUUGCCUGCCUUGAUGAAAUAGUUUUUCACAUGAAGAAACCUAGUGUCAUUCACAAACAGGGAAAUGGUACGUUAUCAGAUGCUCAUCCUAGCUGUGUGCAAAAUUGUUGUAGUGAUUGUUCUGUUGCAGAGGUAGAGUUUGCAAAAACUUGUGCCCUCAGGCAGGAAAAGUUUGACAGAAUAAAGUUAAAUCCAUAGAAUACAGACCAUUGAACAAGAUGGGAGGAAAGCUGCUUACUCUCUGUAGAUUUUCCCAUCCCAUGAUUGCUAUAACAUCCUCAGAUGAAAAGCUCAUUCUGAGCUCGGAAACUGAAAGCUACCCCAGUUAUCAGGGUCUGCACAAACAUGCCUGAACUCCAGCAAAACAAAACACACCACAAAGGGUAAAGUGACUUCCUUUCCCCUUCACCAGUGGGUGCAACUACCACUGUGUGUUCUCUGCCUUAAUAUGUAAAAAUUUGGGUUUUCUAUUACUCCCUCCCAUGGCUUUUACAGAGGCUGGAUUCAUUUCCUUAGUGCUCAUCGAGUCUAUUUUUCAAUAAAGAGUAAUAGCCUUUUACAAUUGAGUUAUAUUUGAUAUUGUGCAUUAUGAUUGUCUAACAGACCAUGAAUGUACCUUCAGACAGACUCGGUAGUUUAUUUACCUGUCAUAGUUAAAAGGUAGGUAUAGAAGAUAUAUGAGAAUGGCCCAUGCAUGUACAACGGGCCUUGUUUCUGUGACCUGUGGAGAAUGAAAAUUAAAAGCUGACCUCCAAUCA